CCUCGCUCCGCCCGCGCCCGUCCCCUCCGUGUCCCCUCCGUGUCCCCUCCGUGCCCCCUCCGUGCCCCCUGCCCGCCCCCUCCCGCAGCCCUCCGUGCGCGCCCCAUGGAGCUGCUGUGCGUGGAGUCCGCGCCCCGCGCCCCCCGCGCCGGGCGGGACCCGCAUCUGCUGGGGGACCGGCGGGUGCUGCAGAACCUGCUGAGCCUGGAGGAGCGCUACAGCCCCCGCGUGUCCUACUUCCAGUGCGUGCAGCGCGACAUCCAGCCCUACAUGCGGAAGAUGCUGGCCUUCUGGAUGCUGGAGGUGUGCGAGGAGCAGAAGUGUGAGGAGGAGGUGUUCCCGCUGGCCAUGAACUACGUGGAUCGUUACCUGUCCUCGGUGGCCGUGCAGAAGAACCACCUGCAGCUGCUGGGAGCCGUGUGCAUGCUGCUGGCCUCCAAGCUGAGGGAAACCAUGCCCCUGACCGUGGAGAAGCUCUGCAUCUACACUGACAACUCCAUCACCCCCCAGGAGCUGCUGCACUGGGAGCUGCUGGUCCUGGAGAAGCUCAAGUGGGACCUGGUGUCGGUGAUUGCCAACGAUUUCCUGCCCCACAUCCUGCACCAGCUGCCGCUGCCCCUGGACAAGGUGGAGCUGGUGAAGAAACACGCCCAGACCUUCAUCGCCCUCUGCGCCACAGGACUGCCUGAAGGCCUGUCAGGAGCAGAUCGAGGCGGCCUUAGCCGAGAGCCUGAAGCAGGCAUCCCAAUCCCAGCAGGAAUUCAGCGCCAAGACGGCGGCCUACGGGGGCAGCCAACCCACGAGCACCCCCACGGACGUCACCGACGUCAACCUGUGACCAACUGCCCUUCCCCAGAGCUCCUGCCCCUCCCUGGACACCCCCAGCUCGCUGCAUCCCCCCCGCCCACCCAGCGCCUCCGAGGGGCCCUUCCCAGGCUGGGAGCGUGGAGCGGGAUCCGCUCUGGUGCCCGGAGCUGCUGCAGGUGGCCGGGGGGGGAGUGACCGAGGUGGUGCCCGGGCACGGGAAUGCCGGGGACGGGGGAGCAGGAGCCUGGAUGAAGUUGGAAUUGUUUCUCUGUUGGUGUUCCCCGGCUCUCCGGGCUGUUCGUGGCCACUUCCAGCCCCGUGAGGGACAAAAAUCACAGAGAGCCGGCCCUGCAGGACCCGAAUCCUCGUCACCCCCCGGCUCCUGCGGGGCCACAGGGCUCGUGGAGCAGCUGCUUGGUGGCCCCUCGGUCCCGAUUGCUUCGUGCCACCUUCCCACAGCUCCGGGGGAGGCCGUGCAGCUGCUUCUGCUUGGAGAGGAGCCGUGGGGCUUGUUUGUUUUUGCUGUUGGAUGUGGGAUUUUGGGGACGCGCUCCCCGUCCGUGCCUUGGGAGGAGUUCGGGGUCCCCUCGGCUGCUUAAUUUAUUGUUCACUGCUGGGAAACGGGGAGGGAGGAGAGCUGGCAUUCCUCGGGGUGGGUGCCGCUCUCCUCUGCUUCCCAAAAAAGUGCCUUCCCCCCUCGCCCCUUCCCUGGCUCCCUGGGCAGUGGGAGACUCUCCUCGGAGGCUGGUGGGCCCUUUGGUAGCUUAGGCAUCAGACUAGGAUUUAAGGAAAACCUUUGAAUGUGCUGCUAUAGUCUGGGAUGCAUCUCCACUCUUCCAAGGCAGGGAUUUCGGAUCACGCUCGGGAGGGGGCUGUGUUCAUCCACGUGGAUCUGAGCUGCCUCCCGAGAGGGUGGAAAACUUUGCUGCGCACUUGAGUUGGAAAAGCAAUUACUGCAUUUUUGUAUUGUUGUUUGUUGAUCCUGUUAGUUUUUUAUAAAAAUUGUUGUAAAACAGAAGAAAAAAAAAAAAAAAAUAAUGCUGCUUUUCUAUGAGAAAACCAGAGUGGAAUUAACCAGAAGCCGGAGACUCCACAGGGAUGGAAGGCAGAUGCUGCUGCUGCUGCUGCCUGGAGACCUCUGGACAUGUGGCUGUUGUCCUCCCGUGGGGGAUGUGGAAAAGGAGGCAGAAAUCUUCCUUCUGGAUGCCACCAGCCCCACAAAAAUCCGGCGGAAAAAGGUGGGGCCGCUGCUCCUCCCUGAGCCUGCCUGGUCCGGAAACCCACGGAGCCGCUGCCUCCUGCGAGCAGGAGGGCUGGGACAGAGCCUGGCUGUGCAAAAGGAAAUGAGUUUCUUUUUUUUAUAUAUAUAUAUAUAUAUAUAUAAAAGUGAAUUUUUAAUUUAAGAGUAAACUGGUUUGGUGUUCACUCGCACGCGUCCCGCUGCUGGGAGAGCCAGAGAACCCUGUGAUGUUGCAAUAAAAUAUUUUAAACAAAAAAAAAACCAAAAAAAACCAAAAAAACAA